GGAGAGGUUAAAGUAGCAUCUGACUAGUCUUGAGAGAAUCUGACUCCAUAGUUUAUAAGUGUGUUUCUGGUGUCAGUCAUGCCAUACUGGAUUCAUUUACUUUUUGUCCUAGCAGCAAAAUGUGCUGUGGUCGCAGGGGAAGACAGUGUUGUCCAACCACAUGGAAUUGUUACCACCUCAGAGGGAGAUAGUGUGACCAUUGCAUGUCAUUAUAAGACGACAGACUCAUCACCUUAUCUUUUCUGGUACCAACAGUUGCCAAAUGGUUCCCCUGAGUAUAUGUUGAUAACUUAUACUAAUAUUGAAGGAUACACAGAAGAAAAGUUCAAGAAGAGGUUCCACUCCAAAGCAGAUUCUGCUUCAAAAACAGUUCCUCUGACCAUCCAGGAUCUGCAAGUGUCUGACUCUGCUGUGUACUACUGUGCUCUGAGGACCACGGUGACAGCUGCACACUCUACACUCAUACAAAAACAUCUAUAUCAGCCACUUCAGAGACAAGGUGUGAGAGCAUACAGUAAAUCAUUGAAGCUCACCAUGGCACUGUGGACGAGGAUGUUAGUUUUCCUGGUAGCAAAUGUUGCAAUGGCUGCUGGACAGGAUUCUGUUAACCAAACAGAUGGAGUUUUGAGAGACUUUCAGGGAGCUGAAGUGACCAUUGUGUGUCAUUACAAAACUUCAGAUCCAUCACCUUCCCUUCUCUGGUAUAAACAACAGGCAAAUGGCUUUCCUGAGUAUAUCCUAAUCACUACUACCUACACUGAAGGAAAAGGAGAAGGGCAGUUCAAGGACAGGUUCCAUUCCAAAGCAGAUUCUGCUUCAAAAACUGCUCCUCUGAUCAUCCAGGAUCUGCAAGUGUCCGAUGCUGCUGUAUACUACUGUGCUCUGAGGCCCACAGUGACAGCAGCACUUACAACACUCAUACAAAAACCUGUAUAUUCUGUUCACAUUGCACUUUUCUGCUUUUUUGAACUUCUGGACAUGUUCCACAAGGGGGCAGUGUGA